UCAACCAUGAGAUAUCCUUCUCUUUGCUCCAUAAAUAAUGUUUCGGUUAAGCUGCUGCUCGUGGGUUUACUUUUGGCGCACACCCGGGCGCAGAUGCUGAACGAGUGGCUGCUGCACAAACACAUUGCGGGGCGGCAGGGGGAAGGGGAAGCGCCGGGCAGCCUGAUCUGCCAUCCACCGUUGAUGUUGGCCUUUCAGGCGAUAUUUCUCCUAUCGGACGGACGCACCCGCGAGCAGAUGAACGGCAAAUGGAAGGGUCCCCCGCAGGCAGGCAUAUCCGGAGCAUGGCCCAAGGUGGCGGGAUUCAGAAGCCUCCUGGUCAGGCCCACGGCCAUACCCGACUCGGCACGCAGUGCGUUGAGGCGAGUGAGCGACUUGGAGAUCAUGGACUUCGAGUCUCCGGGCACGAGUCUGUUUGACAUCAACCAACGACUGGAGGUCUUCACGAGUCCGCUGGUGGAGAGCCUGGUGAAGAGGCGCCACCUGAGCAAGGACACCCAGAUGAUAUCCCUCAGUGCCGGCGCCUUUGAGGGCUACUGGGAACGACCCUUUCCCCGGGAGAACACCCAAUUCCGUCGCUUUCACAGUCAAGGCGGACGCAUUGUGGCCAUUCCCACCAUGUACCAGACGGGAUUCCACUGCUCCUACGCCAAGCUGGCAGACGGAGAGAUGCUCCUCGUGCCGCUGGCUGGCAGUACCAAUGUCCAGUUCAUGAUCCUCUUGAGCUCCAUCGAGUUCAGGGAUGGCAAACCCUUCAGAUACAUCAUUCCACGACACGACAGCCUCACGGGGCUGCUGACCCUUGGCAAGCGGCAGCUGGUGGAGUUGCAGCUGCCAAAAAUGCAGUUCUCCUACGCUGUGGAGCUCGUGCCACACAUACUCAACGAUUUGGGGCUGCCCGAUCUGCACGGCGAAGCGGCCAGCUUCGGCAGACUCUCGAAUGAGACGAAACUUCGACUGUCCAGCAUGAUGCACACCGCAGCCAUCGACCUGGAUGAGAGCGGCAUCAACGUGGUGAAGCAGAGUCCUCGGGGAGGAGAAGAUAGAGUGAGAUCAUCCAAGGAGAAAGGUGUGAAAUUCUUUGCCGAUCGACCCUUUUUCUUUGCCAUGCUCGACCAGCGGCAAGUGUACUUUACAGGCGAGUUCUGGGAUCCCUGAGCAUUAAAGAAAAGACAUGUCAAACUGUG